AUCUGGAAAAAAAUAUAAUUGAUUAAAUAAAAUGUAAUUAGUAUUAUUUUAGUAUCUUGAUAUAAAUUAAUAAAUAAUUAUAAAUGUCGUACGAUAACUAUGAUUAUCAUGGUCGAACAGUAGCCAUUAAAAACUAAAUGAAAACAUGUGUCGAGUGGGGGAGCACGUGACUUUGACAGUUUAGGCGGGAAGUCAGUAGCACGUGCGACAGCGUGAAUAGUGGAUGUACCUAUAACCUCAAUUCUUGCGCUCCGCAAAUAAGCACUUAAAAUGUUGAAAGAGUAUCUAUUGAAAAACCAUCAAAUAGAAUUGGAAGAAGUUUUGGAUAAUAUUGAUAUCAAUUGUUAUUAUUCGAUUUAUGUUAAUUUCGUAUCAUUGUUCGAGGAUGAUGCCGACGUUGCACAAAAAAUUUUGCAAUAUCCUAGAUAUUAUUUACCAUUGUGCGACGAAGCAGCGAUAAAAGCUCAGGAAGAAAUAGCAAAACCGAAACAAAUUGUUAAAAAGAAGGUACGUAUUAGAGUUACUGCUGUGCCAGUUACAUUAGAUCAAGGGCAAAUUGGACAGCUUGUUUCAACGAGUGGCAUUAUUGUUAGGAUCUCUCAACCAAAAGUAUUAAAAUCUGUUCAGAGACAUUAUUGUAGAAAAUGCAAACAUAUUACUUUGGCUAAAUAUGAAUGGGAGAGACAAAAUUUUGCAGAUAUUACAGAUUGUGAAGAGUGUCAUGCUACAAAACUUAAAGUUUUAACUGAUUUUGAUUUGGAAGAUUCUUCAGAUUGCCAGGAAAUAGGAAUACAAGAAAAGUGUAAAAUAGAUACAAACAAAUCCUUGACUGAGGAACUUAGGAUUAUUCUAUUGGAUGAUUUAGUUGAUAAAUGUAGACCAGGAGAUCAUGUUGAGAUUAGUGGUAUUGUGAUAAGAAUUUGGGAUCCUUUAGAAGUUGGUGAACGUUUAGAAGCGACAACCAUGAUGUUAGGCAAUAGCAUUACAGUACGACGUAAAAUAUCCGACAUGUCUUCUUCUCAAGAAAUGAGAGAUGUUUUUAGAAAUUAUUGGGAAAAAUAUAGCGAUAAUCCUUUACUUGGUAGAGACAAUAUUCUUGCAUCUCUUUGCCCAAAGCUUUAUGGAAUGUAUACUGCAAAAUUAGCAUUGGCUGUCGUUUUAGCCGGUGGCGUACCAAAAUGUAACGAAAGUGGAACACGUGUGCGCGGAGAACCUCAUCUUCUUUUGGUCGGCGAUCCUGGAACUGGUAAAUCCCAAUUGCUUCGUGCAGCAUCUCGUUUGGCUAUAAGAUCGGUUCUUACGACCGGUGUAGGAUCGACUGCAGCUGGACUCACUGCAACCGCUGUUAGAGACUCAGAAGGAUGGCAUCUAGAAGCUGGGGCCCUUGUAUUAGCAGAUGGAGGCGUCUGUUGCGUGGAUGAAUUCACAACCAUGAGCUCACAGGACAGAACAUCCGUUCACGAGGCUAUGGAACAACAAACAAUAUCAAUCGCCAAGGCUGGAUUAGUUAGCACGUUAAACUCGAGGUGUUCAGUGGUUGCAGCUAUUAAUCCAUCCGGUGGCCAAUUUACCGAUGAUGAAGAAUGGGAAACAAAUUUAGGGGAUCCUCUUUUAUCUCGUUUCGAUUUAAUCCUGCUUUUAAAGGACAAUAGGAAUUCAGAGUGGGAUAGGCUGACUUCGGAACAUAUUUUAAAGGCUGCUUACGAGACUAAAGAGAACAAUGCUCAGACAGACUCGAAAAAUCAUAUGGAACUUUUAAAAAGCGAAAGCUUGUGGAAAGAGGAUACUUUGCGAGAAUAUUUAGCAUAUGUGCAUUCCCUGCAACCAAAAUUAACGAAGGAAGCGGAAAUGAUACUUCGAGCGACAUAUCUUUAUCACAGAUGUCAUCCAAAUAGGAGAGAAGAGAGAACAACAGUUCGACUUUUGGACAGUCUUAUUCGCAUAGAAAUUUUCUUUAGAUUAGCCGAAGGACACGCUAGAUUGAUGUACAGAUCGGAUAUAGAAAUCAUGGAUGUUAUAUUUGUGGCAAAAUUAAUUGGAACUGGAUCUACAUCCGAGAUUAAUCUUGGUUGUUCAUUUCCAGUAGAUCCGAUUGCAACAUAUAAAUCUGAAGGUAAAAUACUAUUGAGGACUAUUGGUUUAGAGAAUUUGGAAAAUUUGUUAUAAAUAUUUCAAUUUCUGAAGAAGUUUCUUAUUCUAAUUAUUGGAGCGAAAGAUUUUUUUUUUUUUUUUUUUUUGAGUAAAUUAAAUUUUUAUUUGUCACUUUUAUCUUUGCUGCUUACAUAAGUACAAAUGUAUCAGCGAAUAUUUAUAAAAUUUAAACAACAUUUCUGUCUUAUUUUUCAUUUUUUAUACAAAACGAAGUAAUCUAUUAUUCAUUGCUAUAUAAUAAAGAUUGUGUAAUAAUCAUUGCAAUCAAUUUAAACAUCGUCAUAUAUGUAAAAAUAUAUUUAUAGGGCAGAAUCUGUUUUAUUGAAGUCUCAAUAAAUAACAAAGAUCCUUCGACCUCUCUUUUUCCUAUAUUCCCGAACAUUUUACUUGAUAUAAAGUUUCCAGUUCAUUGAGACAUUCAGAUACACCCAAUAAAGUAACAGCAACGAUAUAACCCAAUUUUCGUACUCUAUAAAUAAUUUAUCGAUAAUUAAUAAAUAAUUAAACAUACGUAAAGUAAUCUGUUUUGUUUUCUUUGCAAAAUAUUCCUUAUGUGUAUGUAUAUAUAUAUAUACAUGUAUAUAUAUACAUGUAUGUGUAUGUAUAUAUAUAUAUAUAUAUAUAUAUGUAUAUAUAUUUAUAUGUAUAUAUAGUUUAAACUUUACAAAGUGAUAGAAUAUUUUAAGGACCUAAGUAACAAGUAUUUAAUAAAGAAAGGCCAUAUAUUACACGUUGUAAGGAAUGUAUAGGACGUUAUUAAGAUAGGCAAAAAAAUGCCCGAUUUGCAUACAAUUAAUAAUUAAAUUAACAUUUUAUAAAAUAAUAAAAAAUUAAACUCGUGGACACAAUAUUUCUACGUGUUAUUAAGUUAUUUUGAUUUUUAACAAAACCGAAUAUUUUCCGUUUAUAUAAAGCCAUACAUGAUUACAACAUCAUGAAUAAGGAUGCCACUAAAAUAUAAAAGCUAGCAAAUAUAUUGAUGUAUAAUAUAGAAGCAAUAAUAUAAGAAUUAGUGAUAUGAUUAUUGAUAGUUUGUUUCUCUAUUAUGUGGUAAAUUAUUUUGUGAUUCAUUUUUAAUUAAUACAAACGAAAAAUGAUGUACACGCUGUAUGUUAGAUAAUACAAAGACACAUACGUACACAAUACUGUGUGUUAAUCAGAUUUAAAAUACUGUUACAAGAAAAGGAAA